ACUAACCCUCUGGGUUUGAAGUCAAAGUGCUUCUCACGACGCGUUCUGGAUGCGGUGGUAGUGAACUGUCCAAGCCGUGUACCGGCGACUCACGGAAUGAACAUCAGGUUCUGAUACAGUGUCAGGUGUUCUCUGAAGAUCAAAAGAUUUGUUAUCGAUGUGAGGCCGCCACUCGGAGAUCCCUUAUCACUUUUCUCUGAAGUACGCUGAUUCCUGUUCUUCGCAUUCAUGGUGCGGCUGACCCUCCAAGAUUUCCUACAAUUAGGCGAGGAGCAAAAAUACUCGUGUCGAUAUCUCUAUGAUUACAUCUUGCACUCUCCAUCGAUCUGCCAUGCUCUUGAUAUUCCUGCAAACGCACCUUGCCCGACCACCGAUGAAUCCGUCCAAGAGCUGGAUAUCAACGAUGAUAGCUCAUUAAUCUUGGGAUAUGACCAAUGCUUCAUUCCGCUCCUUGAGCUACUCAAAGACGAACAAGUUCCAAUAAAUGCCAUGGAGCUCACAGGCCUAGACUGGUUCAACGUUGCAAAUCGCGCAUCAUUCCGUUCCGCACUUUCAUCAUUCCCCCAUAUCAACAUUUUAGGCUUGACAUCAAUCAAGUGCACCAAAUACGACAUCAAAAGCCUCGUAUCCUCCAUGCCCACGCUCACACGACUCGUUUUUGAAGAUAACCAAGUUGAGGAGUACGACGUUGAGGUGAUCCACGUUCCUCGUGGAACAUCCGAUUUAUCUGUCGAGGAGCUUCAAAGUAACCUUCAAGGCCCGGAGCUGUCGUGCUUCUCUGUGACUUUCAAUGAGGGCGAAUUCACCAUUCUGGACCUGUUUGCUGGUUGUGAUUCCCCUGCCUCUUUGCGUGCACUAGACAGGCUCGAGAUCUGCGGGGGAAAGACAGGCGUUGUGUGCGAUGACGCGAUGGUUCGUCGGAUUCGUGCUUUCUUGAGCCUUUUAGAGUUCCCACUCGACGACUUCAGUUGUGGACAUUUUAAGAUAGAAUCGCCUUGUGCAUUGAACCUCGGCAAUGUGAAAUCCGUUAACAUCACUCUUCGCUUGUCCAACGAUUCCGCAGAGACAGAUGCUGCUGUCGCAUGGUGGACGACCAAUCUUAAUGUCAUCCCGACCGUCAACCGGCUCAUUGCGGUCCUGAUUGAACUCGAAAUCGACAUGGACUCUUUGUACAGUGGUUCGGUGCCCGACUGGAAUCGGGAUAUUUGGGCUGCAUUCGAUCAGGCUUUGUGCCGUCGUGAUAUACACUUGCAUCGGCUCGUCUUCAGGGUGAGGCCACUCUGGGAACUUCCUUCGGAGGGAUAUAAUUAUGGGCCAAUUAUGUACUGGCUAUGCGUGCAUUGUCUUCCUAAAAGUCGGGCUUUGUACAGGUCCGUCUUCAAACUUUUGGAUGACUCGGACAAGAAGGUCACAAUGCCAUGGAUGCUCAGCGGGUAACACAUCACGAAUCUUUGAAAUAGGACAGUUGUUAGAACGGAAAUAACAUACCCGUGGUACUAUACACGCGUCAACCUACCACUGCAUCAUAUGAAUGAAUACUUACUGUGUUAGCAAGCGUCGUAUCCGACGCCGCUUCCUAAGAACAUAACAUAAUACGCAAAAGUUGAU